UUGGUUGCUUUCUGUCGAUUUCCCAUGCAGGUAGAUGAGUUUGGACGGGAGAUUCCGGCAGUAUUUCGACGACCGGAUUCGCCUCCACCACCGCCACCGUCGCAUCAUGCCACACAUCAGGGCCCACCGCCUCCGGUGUUGAGUUCAAGGUCUACGCAUCGCGAUCCAUACCUUCCGAGCGUAAGCAAUCCACCAAAAUCUCAUCGCAAAGCACAUCCAUCAACGCGCUACGUUGACCGGCCUCUGCUUUGCGAGUUUGUCUGGAAAGAUCAGAAAAAACAGGAUGGCGACGACAGUGAAGAAGCCUACGAAGAUUACCGGCGCAAGUAUUGCUUGAACUACGUGCGCUCUUUCUUUAAUAAGCACUUGGAUGAUUCUUGGUUUCGUGCAAAGUAUUCUCCCGCCGCGAAAAAGCAUUGCAAAGAGCAAGAGCGGGAACGAGCCACGGCGGAGGCCAAGGCCGUAUCCGAGGCAAUCCAAGCUAGUCUCGACAGUGUUGUCGCCGGUGGAGAUGCCGACGCAACGCCGUCAUUUGUGGUGCAAGCUCGUUUGGGGCAAGGACACAAGGAGAAAUCGUCGGCGCCUCAACCUUUGCACUCGCGUAAACGUCGAUAUUCGGAAGAGGACACCGAAACGAAUCGGAGCAAUACAGUUCCUGCGUCCCACGUGCUUCAUCUUCACACCAAUCCGGAACAAAAGUACCUCACCAUAUCCGAAGUGCCACCGCAUGUCAAUGAAGACCAGAUUUUAGCCGCACUCAUGGAUCAUUGUCAUAUGAAGGAUGUCAAAAUUAGCGACGUUCGACUCUUCUCGUCAACGCCGACGUUUUACACGAAUUCAGUUCAUUUACAGCGACAAAUAUUUUGCGUCGCCGCUUCAGCUGUGGUUGACGACAUUGUCACACACUUGGCGCAGCAAGGCAACGAAAUGUCCCGUCCUCAUCGUCACGUACCUCGGAAGGAUCACGAAGAAGCAGCCAAAAUGUGGGAGCUAGAUGUGGAUUGUCGAGAUCCGUAUGGUCGACUUGAUUACGAUCAUGAUGGCAAGGGCGGGGCUCCGGAGGACGGUUUGGCCGUGCCACCCCGCAAAUCGACCGUACUCGUGUCGAAUCGCAUUUUACCAAGGGGUACCCAAACUUUGUCCGCAGCUGUAUCUUCGAAAGAUCGGAUUCCCCGGGACCAGGAAGCUGCGAAAACAAUAGCUCGUGCAUUGGAUGUGGCUUGUCAGAUACCGGAAGGGUUACGAUUGGACGACGUGUUGGAUCGAUUAGCGCUGGAACAACCGGAAGACGUUUUGGAUGUUUCGGUGGCGUACUUACGACGGGUGCAUUUGUUUUCUUUCUACAAUGGCUGUACGCAGGCUGAGUGCGUUGGUGAUGUCUUAGCGGGGAAGCAUGCCGCAAGUACGAUUCAUCUGCGCCUCGAGAACGCGGAUAGUUUGCUGAAAGACGACGAAGUACCGGCCCCUGCAAUGUCCACCACAGACGAAACUAGUAACGGUGAGAGCAUCCCGGCGGCCUCGAAGGAUCUCUUGGUCCAGCGACUCGAUGACAGUAUUGCCAAGGCUCUGGAAGACUGCAGCACUUGGAUCAAUGCUCACGGUUCGGCAGUCGAUGAAGUUACGGAAGAAGCUGCCGCCGCAAUUGUCGAGGAGGAGCAAAAGACCCGUAUCGAUUGGUUACAAAACCAUUCACUCGACGAUGAUGGUCGCGCCCGGUGCUCGUUCCACUUUUGUCACAAACUUUUUAAGGAUGAUUCCUUCCUGCACAAGCACUUGUUGAAGAAGCACCGCGAGUAUUUGGUUGCUGAGCAAGCGAAGACCCACGACAAAUACAUGAUGCGGGCGUGGGACGAGGAGCCAAAUCGAGCCGUGCCGGACGUGCAGGUGGAUUGUGGACUGAAGUUUGGUUUGCAACCUUCGCCCGUGUUGGGACGAGAGCCCACGUGCGAAGAUCCGGAACCGCUGCUGUGGCAACAGGAAGAAGCGCGUCGUAAUCGAGAAGUAGCUUUGCGGCAGCAACGCCAACAACAUGCCCCGCACCGACCCUUGCCAUCGAUGGAUCGGAAUUCACUCGAUGGUGACGGAAGUGCGUUUGGUGGUACGGGUAAACCCAGACCGUCCAGUGGGUUUGUGGACGUGGAUGACAUGAAGGAGACCAAGGUAGAAAUGGUGUUUGAGAAUGUGGAUGUGGUCGCGUCGGUAGCUUCCAAAAAGAAAAAGAAGAAACGUAAAUUGCUAUAA